GAACAAGCUGGGGGAGGAGAAGAGAAAGGAGACAAACUAGGUUUACACCUCUGCACUGUUUCCUCUAUCAUCAGUCUCCCGACUCUGUGGAAGGGAACAAUGGUACCAAGAUCUCCCAGACCCCUGGAUCAUCUAACAGCACUCAGGCCAAUGUAACGAUUCCCUCCACCCCAUGUAAAUGCCCCAUCACUACUGCCUCGACCCCUCCAACCCAGCCUCAGCCUCAGCCUCCCCCACUCAGACUGGGGGUUCUUAAAGCAAAUUGGAAUGGAGCCUGCGAGGGGAACCUACAGAUGACUUAUUUUAACAUGAACUCAUCAACACCUUUGCCAAACGGCUUUUCUGAAAGCGUAAAACGUCUUGGAUGGUCGGGAUUGUGUAAGCGAAAGGGUUGUGGAGGCAAUCUGCAGUGGAAAGAGAUAAAAAUCCCCAAACGUCCCAACAGAGAUUCUGGAGAGGCGACCGAGCAACCCAUGGACAUCAUUGCCUUCCAGUGUACUGUGGUCCCAGAUCCUGAGCUGGUGGGUUACAAGGUGGUGGUUUCCAUCUUCUGUGUCCUGGUAUUGGUGGUGCUGAUACUUCGAUUUGGACGGCCCUCCCUUAAGGCCUUCCGUAAGAAAAUGUCAGACAGGAGACAGAGUCGGUGGAUCGGGCCUACACAGAGUCAAAGUGUCUCCUACCAUAGGGGAAAGGCUGGAAUCCAACUUAACGACAAAACAGAUAAAAGAACGUCCUUCCCUGGAUUGGAGAGACUGACGGUGAACAACAGCCGAGAACCUUCGUCUAACAGGAACAGUGACUAUGACUCGUAUAACUUAUAGUCAUCGUCAUCAAUGCCAUAUUUUACAUUCACACUAUGAACCACUGUACAUGUGUUCGUUAUAUUUUGUUAUAUAUUUUUUACCAAAAAUGUUCAAUUUUGUAUACCUAAUAAUAAUGUUUCGUACUUGUAUGUUAUUCAAGCGUUUGCUUUUAUUGUGUAACUUUAACCAUGCGGUUGAAUAAAACAUUUGGACAGAUUGUA